GACGGUGGUUAAUAAAGCUGCGUGCCUGAGGCAGGAAAUAUAAACAGCAGCAGCCGCAGCAGCAGCAGCAGCAAGAGGAAGAGGAGGACGCACAAGAGAAAUCUGAGGCAUCAUGACAAUAAACAAAGUGUCCAACAACAGCAGGAUGAAGGUGACAGAGGUGGAAGAGUUCCUGAGAAAACCUCCGGCCGGUUUCUCCGUGGAGGCUCUCACAUCGGGUUACAGAGUCCACAGCAACCCGGAGACAAGCCUGGUGCUCAUCGAUGACUUCGACUCCUGCAGAGGGAGAGUAGUUUUCCACAAGUCGCUGGGAAGGAAAGUUAAAAUGCACAAUCUAUGGGAGUACACCAGCAUGAGAAAGAGUCUGCUGUCCAAGAGGAUCUAUCUGCUCAUGUCUGCCUGCGAAGAAAACCUCUCAGUGGCCAACAAGAAGGCAGCAACUGAACCCAGAGUGCUGAAGCAGUUUGUGGUGUCUUUCGACGGCAGGGAUCCUUUCAUCAAGUGGCAGAUGGAGAGAGGCCUGGACUGGACCAUCUCCUCUGUUGCUGGGGAGAGCUACAGAGUGGAUAUUGACUUGACUGAAGUACUAGAGAGCUGGGCAGCCAAAAACAUCAUCAUCAUCACUGACGAACAAAAGAAAGUCCAACCUGUGUGGAGAGACGCCGCCUUCACCCUCAAAUACUACUCUGAUGCCCUGUUUGACUUCCCACACUGGUUUGGGUUCAGCAAAAGAACAUUUAACUUGAGACUAACAUGAGCCAGCGGUGGAUGGAGAGAACGAAAAAAAUGGAGUUUACUGAUGGAGUCUGCUUCCUCAAGAAAGUCUUGAUCAGCAGAUGUAUGGUUGUAACCUGCCAGGUGAAGGACCAGCCUACCUCUUGGGACUGCAGAAACUACUUUGCAGUCAUUUUGGGUCCAGAUAUUUCGCAUGAUCAGUGGGUGGAAACCACUGACAAGGACUGAGAAUGAAAUUCUGAAUGCCAUGAAGUUUAUU